GUUCUUCUGGUAACUUUGUCACACUUGCUCCUUUCUACUUUCACACAAAUCUCGGGAGCCUACAGUACAUUAGUUUUUUUGUUUGCAUCUGAAAACUGGUCGGUUACGUCAUAUUCUUCUGUCAUGUUACUUACUUUCAUUCAGUCGUGGUGGUAUUUUAUUCAAUGAACUUCCCAAUUCCUUACACUGACAGGCUACAGUUAAAGACAGAUCUACAUUUGAGGCAUCCUGAUCCCAAGCAGGCAAUCAGCAGUGUCUCAGUAUGACUGACAGGCUCAGAUUUAUUCUACCACUUCUUCAAUUUUGGUUCUGUCUUCUUGGGGCAGAAUCUACUCCAAAAUGCCUGAUUAGAGAUGAGAAAGCUUACUGUGCCCUGAGAAACCUGUACGAGAUGCCAGCUUUGCCUCCGUAUAUAACUUAUUUGGAUCUAACCUUAAAUUACAUUAGUGAAAUUUCAGAGGAAUCCUUCAAUGGUUUGGAAGCGCUGCAAAUUCUUAAGAUCCAGCAACAGCAAAGAAGACUAACCUUGAGGAAUAACGCCUUUAUUGGCCUGUCCAGUCUGACAACACUAGACCUAGCAUACAACAUGAACCUACAAGUGGAUCCAGGAGCUUUUAAUGGAUUAAUCAACCUUCAGAUCCUCAAUCUUACAGAGUGCAGGUUAAGUGACUCUAUUCUUUCAGAAGAUUACCUGAGACCCCUUGUGUCUCUGGAGCAGCUUUCAAUAUCUGGAAAUAAUAUACAUAAACUCCGUCCUGCUUCGUUCUUUAUCAACAUGAGCAAGCUGCAUAUUGUGGACGUCUCUCGUAACUGGAUCAACAGUUUAUGUGAAGAAGAUUUAUUCCAUUUUCAAGGUAAAAACUUCACUCUCUUAAAACUGCAGGAUAUCAAAAUGCUUCACAUGACUCCAUAUUGGUCUGGAUGGGAUAAAUGUGGAAACCCGUUCAAGGACAUGUCUAUGACGGUGCUUGAUUUGUCUCAAAAUGGCUUCAGUGUUGGCAUGGCAGCGCGGUUCUUCAAAGCAAUCAGAGGAACCAAAAUACACAAACUGAUUCUUAACUCCAGCGGCAGCAUGGGAAAGGGAGUUUGGUUCAACAAUAUGAAAGACCCAGACCGCGAUACAUUUAAGGAUUUGGCUGAGAGUGGCAUUGAGGCACUGGAUCUGUCCAAAGCUAGCAUUUUUACGCUUAAAAAAUCAGUAUUCAGUCACAUGCCAGACCUGGUGGAACUCUCGUUAGCUAAUAAUGUAAUCAACCAGAUUGAGAGUGAAGCUUUUAAUGGACUGGACAAGUUACAAAAACUGAAUCUGGAUCAUAACCUUUUGGAUAAAAUUGAUUCUAGAAUGUUCAACAACUUGCCCAGUCUCGAGACACUUGAUUUAUCUAAUAAUAACAUAAGACUACUUAUGUCUGGCUCAUUUCAAGGACUGCCUAAUCUAGCUCACCUCUUUCUCUCUGAAAAUUCAUUACAAUCUCUGCAUACACUGGCAAACCUUCCAUCUCUUAGAGGACUUUACUUAGACAAUAACAAAAUCACAUCCCUGUACGGUCUACCAAGCCAAGUACGAAACAUCACAACUAUCGAUUUGAGGUUCAACAGAUUAAGUAAUGCUGAGAGCUUCUACACCAUUUUAGUGGAAUUCCCCAAUGUUGAAAAUAUCUACCUUGGAGGCAAUGUGUUUUUAUCGUGUUUUCUCAAUUCCAAAUAUUUUGUUUCACCUUCAAACAAUGUACAAUUUCUUGACCUCCAAAUGACCGGCUUACAAAAAUUCUGGUUACAAGGACAGUGUCUCAACAUGUUUGACCAUCUUCACCAGUUGCAGACGCUUCUUCUUAAAAAUAACUUCAUGCAGUCACUUCCAGAAAACAUCUUCAACGGACUGACGUCUUUGGAUUAUCUAGAUUUAUCCAUGAACUCUUUAACCUAUAUACCUAAUGGCAUAUUUCCCAAAAGUCUGAAAACACUCAACCUUGCUUUUAACCGUCUCGGUUCUGUAGAUCCACAAGCCUUCAGCACCGUGACCACAUUAGAGUUAUCUGGAAACUUCUUUCUUUGUGAUUGCAGGUUGAGAGACUUCCAGAGAUGGUUGACUCAGACAAAUGUCACGAUGCUUACGGCUACUGAGAAUCUGAGGUGCGAGUAUCCCAAAAAGCAACAAGGGAAGCCUCUUCUGCAGGCUAAGCUGUGCAGGGACAGAAAGUAUUGAAAACAAUGAGCAUGUGAUACAUAAUUACGUUUAUUUUUAUUGUGAUUAAUGAUUCUUGUUUUGAUUGUUUUAUCAUGUACAAACCUGCUUAUAAAACAUGCUCGAUGCAUGAAUCUUAUGUUAUCGUAUCACUACUAAUGUAACCACGUUGCUGACACGAACUUGAACAUUCAUGACAUUCAAGAAAUAAAGACGUAAACACAACACAAAGGCUUAGGUUUAUUCUGUUAAUUGUGUGAUAUUGUGAGGAAAAGAAAACACAAAAGCAAAACUGCUUUUUUAAGGAAUUAAUUAACGUCAGGUUGGUGUGAUGGCAAUGACUGUGUUUAUCUGUUUGUUUGGAAAAUCCACCAAAUCCAUGAUUGUGUUCUAACAACAAAACAGAUUAUUAAUCUGUGGUUGCAUCUUGGAUUAUUUCAACAUCCAUCAUACUGUUACAUUUAAUGUGCUUUUACUAUAGAAACAAUAAUAUUUUAUGUUUGAUAUUUUGAUUCAUAGCUGUAAUUCACAUAUGUAUAUAUACCCUUUGUUGGCAGUGACAGAGUUCAAACAUUUCCCUGGCUGGUGAAGCAUUCAUAGAACAAUCAAAUGAUUUGAAUCCAUAUAAGCUGCAGUUAUGGUUUGCUUCAGUUCCCAUUUUUGACCACUAGGUGUAAUAAAAGCUCUACCACUUUAGAGUGAUGUUCAUGAUCCUGGCACAACUGGCUGAAACAUGUCAUCAUUGAUCACACAAAAC